CCACACAUUUACCUCCCGAGUCCCCACCGCCCACCGCCAGUGCCGCCCCAGCCCCGCCAUGCCCGCCGACCUCAGCGGCACCUGGAACCUGCUCAGCAGCGAUAACUUGGAGGGCUACAUGCUGGCCUUAGAUAUUGACUUUGCCACUCGUAAGAUAGCCAAGCUGCUGAAACCACAGAAAGUGAUUGAGCAGAAUGGGGAUUCUUUUACCAUCCACACGAACAGCAGCUUCAGGAACUACCUUGUGAAAUUUAAAGUUGGAGAAGAAUUUGAUGAGGAUAACAAAGGCCUGGAUAACAGAAAAUGCAAGAGCUUGGUCAUCUGGGACAAUGACAGACUCACCUGUGUGCAGAAGGGGGAAAAGAAGAACAGAGGCUGGACCCAUUGGAUUGAAGGAGACCAACUCCACCUGUGGUCUAAUGUGAGCGGGUUUCAGGAUUCUAGCUGGGAAGGAUGGGAAAAGACAAUCUCUUCCUUACAAGGCUUGGAUGAGGAAGUAUAACCCAUCCUGGGGGCCACCAGCACACCGUGAAGGAAGCCCUCCAGAGGAGCACGCAGCUACUGCAGAAAACAGAGAGAGAAUCAAGAACCUUGGGUCCACUGUCAAGUCUCUGGAACGAGCCUGACCUGAAAAUCUGCUUCUGGACUUUGCAGUUAUGUAAAUCAAUAAAUUCCAUUUAUGGGUGGAGCCAAUUUCUCCUGGA